CCGGUGAAGAAGAAGAUUGUUUCACAAUUAGACACAUAUUUUACAAAGAUUGUAUAGAUUCGUAUAUGUUUUCUUACAAAGAAUAAUCAGCAUGGGUGUACCUAAGUUCUAUAGAUGGGUUAGUGAAAGAUAUCCAUGUCUCAGCGAGACCGUCAAGGAAUAUCAGAUUCCUGAAUUUGACAACUUAUAUUUGGACAUGAAUGGUAUCAUCCAUGUUUGCUCACAUCCCGAAGAUGAUAAUCCUCACUUUAGAAUAACAGAGGAGAAAAUAUUUAAGGAUAUUUUUCAUUAUCUGGAGUUUUUGUUUCGAAUGAUUAAACCCAGGAAAGUGUUUUUCAUGGCAAUAGAUGGAGUAGCACCAAGAGCAAAAAUGAAUCAGCAGCGUGGCAGAAGAUUUAGGUCUGCACGAGAAGCAGAGGCUUUGGAAAGAAAGGCCAGAGAAUCCGGGGAAACUCUGCCUACAGAAAAGAGAUUUGAUUCAAAUUGCAUCACCCCAGGAACAGAGUUCAUGGUGAAGCUACAUGAACAGUUAAAGUAUUUUGUUACCAGCAAAAUUUCCAGUGAUCCAUUAUGGCAUGGAGUGGAUGUGUACCUAUCUGGACAUGAGACACCAGGGGAAGGGGAACAUAAGGUCAUGGACUUUAUUAGAUGUCAAAAAUCUAAGCCAGACUAUGACGCAAACACACGCCACUGUCUGUACGGAUUGGAUGCAGAUCUUAUGAUGCUGGGUUUGGCCACUCAUGAACCACAUUUCUCACUGUUGAGAGAGGAAGUCAGGUUUGGUGGGAAAAAAGACAGGAACAAAAGACCAGCCACACCUGAAGAGACCACCUUUCAUCUUCUUCACCUCUCUCUAUUCAGAGAGUAUCUUGAUUUUGAAUUCUCCUUUCUGAAGGACAAGCUGCCAUUUGGUUACAGCCUGGAGAACAUCAUUGAUGACUGGAUAUUGAUGGGCUUCUUAGUGGGCAAUGAUUUCAUCCCCCACCUCCCUCACUUACACAUACACCACGAUGCUCUCCCCUUACUCUGGAAAACCUACAUGACAAUUCUCCCUGAAUGCGGAGGGUACAUGAAUGAAGGUGGUCAUUUGAAUCUAGAAAGAUUUGACAGAUACAUGAAGGAACUGGCGAAAUUUGAUUUGGAUAAAUUCAGUGAAGUUUUCACAGAUCUCAAAUGGUUUGAAGGAAAGAAAGCUGAAAGAUCAGAAAAAGAGCAGAUGGAGGGAAAUUCCAGGAAGAACAAAAAGGAUAAUCUGAACCAGUUUUUGUUACUGGAGUCUCUGGAUAAUAGUGAGGUGGAGGGUCAGCCGAGUGAAAAUCAGGAGAAGUCUCAGUUAGAUGAGGAUACCGAGGAUUUGGCUGAGGAGGAGGACGAGGAUAGCGAUACGUUUGACGAGGAAUUCCGCCUCCAUAAGAGGAACUACUAUAUGACUAAGCUGGAGUAUGAGAAUGUUGACAAGCAGGUACUGCGGGAUCAGUGUGAGGAGUAUGUGAGGGCCAUUCAGUGGAUCCUGCUCUACUACUUUGAGGGUGUUCCAUCUUGGAGCUGGUUUUACCCACAUCAUUAUGCUCCCUUCAUCAGUGAUGUCACAGACUUUAAGGACAUGGAAAUCAAGUUUGAGAUGGGAUCACCAUUCCUGCCAUUCCAGCAGCUGAUGGCCGUGUUACCAGCGCCAAGCAAAGAGCUCCUACCAGAGCCCUAUCAGAAACUAAUGACCCAGGAUAUUUCGCCUGUGAUAGACUUUUAUCCAGUAGAUUUCCAGACUGACCUGAAUGGUAAACAACAAGAGUGGGAGGCGGUGGUCCUCAUUCCAUUCAUAGACGAGGCAAGGUUGUUAGAGGCAAUGAAGUCAGUGGAAAAUCAGCUGUCGCCCAGUGAGAAGAAAAGAAAUGCUCAUGGACCCUGCCUUCUGUAUGAUUACACACCUGACAUGCUAGAGCCGUGUACUUCAACAAUCCCCGAUGUAUUCCCAGAUAUCAUUAAUAACCAUGCCAGAUUGAGAGAGCUUGGAGUCGAUGCAUUUAGAGUGGACCCAGACAAAAUGGUGAAGGGCCUCAUGCCACAAGUCCGACUGGAUGUCUAUUUUCCUGGUUUUCCCACCCUCAAACACAUACCCCACAAGGCCUUCUUGAAGAAGGAAGGAGUUAAAGUAUUUCAGAUGAAUAGCAGAAAUGAAAACAUGAUGCUGGAAAUAUUGGAAGAUCCAGAUAAACCAGUAGAUAUUGAGGAUGUUGCAGAGACAUUGUUGGGAAACACAACCUAUGUAGGAUGGCCUCAUUUGUUUGAAGCGAAAGUGGUUCAGGUGUCAAAUGAUACAGACAGGUAUGUACUGGUGGAAGCUCAUCAGAAGGGAGGGAAAGGUCCAAAAGUCAAAGAGAUUGUGAAAGAAGUUUUGAACAACUCUGAGUGCAAUAUCUGGCAAAAGGAGGUCUCCAGCAUCAAGGAAAGAUACCAUGACCGUUUGGGUGUUGUGAUAGGAAAUACCUCAGUCUUGUUAAAAGCUUUGCCAAUGAAUGGUAGAACGUUUGGUUGUGGAUCACAUGGAGUGAUUACCCUUCAGAAACAGUUUUCUCAAAACCCGGUUCCUUUUGUUUACCAGGCCACAGUCAAGGAUAUUUCAGUCCAUGACCCCAGUUUCUGCCAGUACAAGACCCUGUCUGAGUUGUUCCCUGUGGGUGAGGUGGCCUUCAUGUUAGGGUGGCCACACUACGGCUGUCAGGGGGAGGUGUUAGAUGUGGAGGAAGGAGAGAGCCCCAGGGUCAGGAUCAACGUCACCACCCUGGAGGAACCCAACCUAGCAAAGUUUAACGAUACCGAGAGGUACAACCAGCAGUAUUACACCUCGUUCCAAGCAGCCCAGUGGCUGGGAAUCGGCUCCCACUUUCUGUCUCGAAUCACUGGCUGUAUAUUCAUCAAACCUGGAUCUCGGGCAAAUCCCAAAGACGCUCACAUGGUGAACAUUGGUCUGAACCUGAAGUUUACUAAGAAGUGUGAGGAAAUCCCAGGUUAUACCAGAUUGACCCCAGAGGGAUGGCUGUACUCCCAGAAAGCCUCAGACACAGUUCUAGAAUACCUAGAAAAAUUCCCAGAACUUUGGGACAUUGUUGCUAACAUGGACAGAGAAAAGAAUGAUGUGAUCUAUGAAGAAGAUAUCUUUAAAAAUUUGAGAGAGACCAUGGAGAAUGUAGUCGAGUACGUGAAGUCCCUGCCCUGCUCCCAGAUCAAACCCCAGAAAGUGGGCGCCGAUGUGCUGGACGAAGGAGUGGUCCAGGCCAUCCAGAAAGAGGCUCAGACCAUCAAUGAGAGGAAUAAAAAGAAGAUGAAUGUGAAGAAAGUGAAGAUGCAAGUGAAACCUUAUCUAUUGUACAAGCCUCUAAUUAUCCAAGGAGGUGUGGUACCAGACCCCACUGUUCAGUACGAGAUGUUUGACAGAGUGGUUAACGUCAGGACUGGCUACUCAGUACCCUUCGGUCUAAGGGGGACGGUGGUGGGAAUACAGAAAGGAGAAAAGGAUGCAGAUGCAAUAUACGAUAUCAUAUUUGAUGAGGAAUUCCCUGGAGGAAUAGUUAUCAGGGGAUCUUCAGAAAGAGGAUACAGACUUCAGUCAGCAGCAAUGAUCAACAUCACCCAUGGAUGUCGUAAAAAUGGGGCUGCAAAAGACCCAAGAUCACAAACAGCCCAGGAACAACAUCGUGGUGGACAGUUCCAGAACAGCAAAAGCUACUCAGGGGUACAGUACCAACAAAGGCAGCAGUCCUAUCCCUCAGGAAACCAAAGUAGGGGGUUCAAUUCCUAUGCCGAUGCUUCCCGGGGAAGUCAAGGGUCAUACAGUAGCCUGAAAAAUCGGAACGAUAACAGCAGGAACCAGGAUUACGAUAAGGAGUGGGGUUAUAAUAAGGGACAGAGAAAUUCACAGUGGGAUAGGGGGUAUUCCGGAGACUACCAGGCUAAUAUAAACUAUGAUGGUUAUAACGAUAGAGGUCACAGUUCAGAAGGUUCCUGGCGUAGAGGGGGGAACGAUAAUGGAGACAGUUGGAGGCGGGGUCAGAAUGGAGGCAGGGACGUGAGGCAGCAGCAGAAGGAGGAGAACCGGAGGGAGAACCAGAUCAAGUCACAGCAGAAUAAAUCACAGAGUAAGGAAAGGGAUGUAGAUUUAAGACAGCAGAGUUUUGAUGGCAGUGAUUCGGUGAAGCCCACUUUUGUGACACCCAAAGUAACUCAGCAGGCUAAAAAGGACGACAGCUCAAGAAAGAGUAUUCCUGAUGGACAAAGUGAGUUUGCAAAUAUGUGGAAAGAGUUACAGUCAUCCAGCACAUCCAGCAAACCCAAGGAGACAACUAAGCCUAUCACCCUGGACCAAGCAGCAGCGGCCCUGGACAAGGUCCCAAGUCCCCAGGCUCCUCAGAGUGCCGCCGACCAGAAGCCGCCCAGCACCACGCUGGAGCAACUGUUCAAUCAGGCCAAGUCUGCCCAGGAGCAGACAGCUAAAGAAAAAUCACCAAAUGCUGAGGACACUGCAGCAGCUCUGAAGCAGAUGCUGAAAAUUGGUUCUGAUCAAGAAAACACAAAUUCACCAUCAAAACCUAAUACUAAUAAAGACUUUAUGCGGCAGUUGUCAGUUCAAGAACUGUUUGAUGGUGCUAAGCAGCUACCUCCCACCACCCAGCUGGCUCCCGGUCAGUCCCCUCAGGGACAGGACAGGCAGAGACAGAAGGCCCCCGACCACCAGGAGCAAGGCCAGAGGAACCACCCUUCCCAGCCACCCCAGGGACACCGUAGGAACCCGGUGCAGGAUCUUGCAACCUGGUGCAGGUCACUUGGAAAACCCGAACCUAGAUAUGAUUUUGUUGGACAACCCGGUGCCUAUAGCUGCAUUGUGACAUUAAUACCAGAUGGUGCUAGAUUUAAGGGAUCAGAGAUGAGAAAUCAGCAAGAUGCCAUUGAAAAUGCAGCAGCUAUUACUCUUCUUCAGAUUGGAGGACAGCAAAUGAAUGCCCAGAUGGGAUUACCUGGAAUGAGACAAUUAGCUUCACCAAAUUCAGCAUUCAAACCAGUACCACAGAUGCUACCACCCUAUAAUAUGGGUCCUAACAUGCGACUUCCAAGGCAUCAUGGUCCUCCCAUGCAACAGUUCUAUGUACCUCCACAGUAUAGAAACUUUAGACCUCCUCCAGCAUACUAUAAUGGUCCCAACAAACAGAACCCAGGUAAUUACCAGGGGCCCAACCAUCCCAAUCAGCAGGGUCAGUGGAGGCCACAGUCUGGUGGUCACAACAGCAAACAUGGAGACAGAGCAGCAAAUCCUGAGGACAGGAAAUCAGACCUAGACCCUCACAGCAACCCUUUUGUACCGCUGCAGGUAACAAGACAACAGAAAACCCCAAACAAAAGGAAAGAGUCCGAUCCUGGACAGGAAACAAGUGAGAGGACUGGGUCAGAAAGAGUGGAAAACAAGAGAGAAUCGGGGACACAUGAAAACACAUCAGCAGGGAGUAAAAAGAGGGACUUGAACCAGGCUGCCAAUCAAGUGGGUCCUGAUGCCAAAUCUGUUACCAAGGGAAACGCUAAUCAGAAAAAUUCAGAAAAGUCGCCACACAAGGCUCAGGGGGGUCACAACAAGAGAAGGUCUCGUAUCGCAGCCAACUUAAAUUUCGGUGCAUCUUGAUUUUUCAGCGGCACUAUAGCAGUGAUUAAAUUGUAGUUGUAAACUUUGAUUCGUGUUGGAAAGAAGGUGCAGUCUUUUUUUUAAUGAGGAAACGUUGUUUUGGCAUUGUAUACUGCAAUUUUGUGAUACAAAUCAAAAGAGCAGUCCGUCCAGUUUCAAUAAAAAUAAUUUGGACACGGUCAUGUGUGCACAUACAUGUACAUGUGUAUUUAUGUAAUACAUGUAUACGUUUUUCUGUAGUUUUAAAAAUUAAAACUACAGAGAUUUAGUAUGUUUUUAUUGUAAACUGUGUUCAGUGAAUCAAUGGAGUAUUUUAUUUCAUUCAUGAAUCUGGAGUAACAAUGGUAAUAUCAAUCCACUGAACUCCAUGCAUUUUAUUUUUGUCUCAUACAAAAACACAUUUCUGCUACAGAAUGUUCUGUGUUAUGAUAUUUUUUAGAUAUGAGAAACUAGUAGUUUCUUUUAUGUUUCUUUUGAAAAAUGUGAUAUGUAAUUUUUCUGUGGUGAUGUUUUGAAAUGUAUCUACCGUAAUUAAUAAUUUUCUGAGUGCUUAAAAUUUUACUUUAUUUUGGGGGAGGAAUAAAGGUAAAGAUAAAUAAUUCCAAAUUUGGUGUAUAUUAAUGUAGAAGAAUAUAUUAAGAUUAUUCCCCAGUCUCACGAAUUUAUAUAAGAAAAAAAGGUAUAGAAAAGAAGCCCAAAAUGCCUCUGUAUGCAAAUGUUUUAAUACAUAUUAUUAAUUCAUUUAAAAAGGAUUGAAUCAACUUUUGAUAUGUAUCAAUACUAAAAUGUCCCAUUCCCCCUCAAAUGGAUUGCUUCAUGUACUAUACAAUGCACAUGUGAACAUGUGUUUAAAAUUUAGUAAGACACAUGUACAUUAAGUAUUUUAUAAACUAUUUACUUGUAGGCUCUAACUGAACCGUGUGAAUCCCAGGAACUUUGAGCUGUUAUACAAUUUUUUUUACCUGUCUACUGUGUUUUCUUGUACAAGUACUGUUGUGCAUCUUAUAGAUUUUUCUUGAAUGAUAUUCAUGUAUAUUUUGUAUAAAAUGUUCUGUGAAUUCCUGACUGAAAAAAGUAAAAGAUAAAAAUUUGUUCAACAUCCAUA